AUGAUGUUAGGAGAACCGACCCGACUGCACCCGACCCUCCAAGUCCCUCCGUGGGACCCAUUCGAUGAUCUCACUCCAACGUCGCCGUUCUCUGCCCCAAAUCCCUCCGUUAACGUAAACAGCAAUGCCGGUAACGGAGACUACUCUCCACUGUCUCCGAUGUUUCUCGACUCGCUCGCCGCACUCCACCGUUACCUUCCGUCGAACGAAUCUGACUCGCUCGGCGACGACCCGGACAUGCCCAUGAACCCGAUCUCCUGCGACCAGUUCCGCAUGUUCGAGUUCAAGGUCCGGCGGUGCGCGCGUGGCAGGUCACAUGACUGGACCGAGUGUCCGUAUGCCCACCCGGGUGAGAAGGCCCGGCGCCGCGACCCGAGAAAGUACCACUACUCGGGCGCCGCCUGCCCCGAAUUCCGCAAGGGCCACUGCGCCAAGGGCGACUCGUGCGAGUUCGCGCACGGCGUUUUCGAGUGUUGGCUCCACCCGGCCCGUUACCGGACGCAGCCAUGCAAGGAUGGGCUGGGCUGCCACCGCCGGGUCUGCUUCUUUGCUCACACGCCCGAACAGCUUCGGGUCCUGCCCGGGCAGAGCCCGAGAACUCACGGGUCGGGCGCUUUCGACUCGUAUUCGUACAGUUCGUCACCCACCUCGAUCCUGAUAUCGCCGCCGAUAUCUCCGCCGUCUGACUCGCCACCAAUGUCGCCCAACAGUCCUCAACUCGGCUGUAACUCGGUGAGUGAACUCGUCGCUUCGAUGCGGAACUUUAAGCUUGCUAAGAUGAAAAUGAGUGCUCAGCCUGCAUGGGGCCCACAAAUGGGAUCUGGGUUUGGUUCUUCUCCACGCGGGUCUGCGCUCCGACCCGCGUUUUGUAGCCUUCCUUCGACUCCGACGCGGACCUCGGGUCGGGCUGGACCCGGGGCGGUUGAUCUUUGGGACCACCCUUGCGAGGAAGAGCCGGCAAUGGAGAGGGUGGAGUCCGGGAGGGACCUCCGAGCGAGAAUGUAUGCGAGGCUGAGUAAGGAAAACUCGAUGGGUAGAGUCGGCCGAGUCGACUCGGGCAUGUCAGCUCCCGAUGUGGGCUGGGUUUCGGAGCUAGUGAGUGAAUGA